AUGGAGUCUCCGCAAUCGGACGACGCCCUCAUCAUGACCAUUCCGAGUCCUCCUCGCAGCACACUCGACGACGGCUGCUGUUUGCAAACAGUCGGCGUCGCUGAGGGCCUGCUCGCAUGCCUCGGCGUGCCGCUAUGCCUUCUUCCGGCCGCACUCUGCCGCAGCGGAUGCUGCAUGGCCUCGCCGCCAGAGGGGUCCAAUCGGCGCAUGGAGAUGACCAUGAGCAUCGGACGUAUCGUUGCGAGGUACGGUCUCGGCGCGAUUCGAAUCAACCGCGCCACCAUCCAAUUGAUUCGCUUUUGCCUGGACGUGCCCCUUGGCUAUCCCCGCUGCUGUCAGCCGCCCAUCUGCUCCUGCGCCAACUGGGUCGACGCGGUCCAUAUGGAUGCGGACAUCGCUGCGGGCGUGCCUCCGCUGGAGGACGAGCGGGUGCCCAUCAUCCUCUACCUGCACGGGGGCGGCUACGUCUUUUGCACGCUCCACUCGCACCGCGACUUUAUGAGCCGAAUCGUCCACCACACCGGCGCGACCCCCGUCUUGCGGCUUGCAUGCGGCGGCACGCGGCGGUGCCUCAUGCGGUGGUUCGCAGCAUUGGCGACCUUCCCCGUGCCUGUCAACGACUGCCUCGCCGCGUACCGCUGGCUGGUUGAGGCGCAAGCCGUCGCUCCCAAGCGCAUUGCGGGGGGGGCGCUCACCAUCUCGACCGCCGCCGCCGCCCGCGACCAAGGGCUGCCCAUGCCGGCCGGCCUUCUGGCGCUCUCGCCGUGGUCUGACCUGGCCGACAACGACUCGAGCCCAUCGUGGCGCUCGCAGCGCGACUUCUUGCCGCCUGCUCUGGUGCAGCAGAUGGCUCGGGCCUACGCUGGCGCGGCCAGCGAGAUGGAGGCGUCGGCGUGCAACGUCGACCUGCACGGUUUCCCCCGCACGCUUAUCGUCUCGGGCGAGUCCGAGAUCUUCUACUCGCAGAUCUGCAGGCUACAGCACAAGCUCGAGCGCGCCGGCGUGGAAGUGACCCACCACCACGCUCCGAGCAUGGGGCACGUGUUCGUGGUGCUCGGCCUCCCGUUCGGCUGCCCCGCUGCGGCGAAGGCCAUGGACGCGAUGGCCACGCACGUCGCAGAGACCACGAACUUGCCUCCUAUUUGCGCGGGGCCGGGCGAGACGUCGGGCCCGUUCCUCGGAGCAGCCGCACAGGAGCUGGGCGCGGCCAGCGUCCCAGAGCUCCGCGUCGACAAUCUCGACGGCCGCGUCAUCGACGCGAAAUUUGGCCUCUGA